UCAUUAAACUUCUUCUAUCAGAGAGAUUUCAGCACACAGGACUGAUAAAGCUCCAGUGUAUCAUAUCUGUAAAGUCAUGUGACUCGUCACACCAUCAGAAUAGACAAGAAUUCACUGUGAGCUUCACACCUCAUUACAGCUAAUGGACCAAUCAAAUCAGUCCACAGCUUCAAAUCAUCCAAUCAGGUGUGAGUCUGGACCUGGUUUUGUACUGAACACACAAGUUCAUUAGAUCACUUGGUGUGAACAGGAACGAUGAUCAGACUCUUUGUCGCUCUUUGUGCUCUUUUUUCUCUCUUCACAGCUGUGAAAACUUCUGACAUCAAGGAGAUUGACGUGAUUACAGUAAAGCGUGGAGAAAAUGUAACUAUGAAGUGUAGCAUUAGCAGUGACACAAAGAAAGAGAAGGCAUUUUGGUACAGACAGAUUUCAGGAAAAUUACCUCAGUUUAUUGCAAAACCAUACACGAACAAUUUGGGCUACAAAUUUAUUGAUGGAUUUAAUGAUACUCGUUUCAGUUUUAGUGUAAAUGACAAUAAAUUUGAUCUCAAUAUUAAACAAACAAGAGAAGAUGAUAAAGGAGAAUAUUUCUGUGGAGAAAAUGAAGGAACUGUAGUGAAGUUCACAUCUGGAACACGUCUGCAAUUUGAAGAUAAAGAGACGACACACAGUAAUACAACUAAAAUUACACAAAGCAGCAAUGAAACAGGCAAAUACAACUGGAUUAAUCCCUUAAUAGCCUCCAAUAUAUUCUCUGUUAUCGUAAUCACACUUCUGCUUGGAGUUUUAUAUAAAAAUCACAGAAAAGAUGCUUCAUCAAGCAACCAUCAAAUUCCCACCAAUCAGACUGCUGCUGCUGAUGAUGUCUUGAACUAUGCAGCUGUGAGUUUUGCUAAAAAACCUUCAUCCUCCAGAACAUCCAGAGCCAAAAAUACCCAUGAAGACGUUUACGCUCAUGUUAAAAUAAAAUAGAGAAAUAAUAUUUUUUAAUUUAGUGUUUUUUUUUUCCUACUGAAGCGUUCUUCAGUUUUUCUCAGCAUUUCUUUUUGAAAUAGUGCAGAUGAUUUCUAAAAUGUAGAAAAACUAAUAUUACUGUUUGAUUUUGAAGGUUAAAUUGUCAAGAAAAUGUUCUUGGUGCACAUUUUGUUUAAACUUUUGUUUCUGUUUUAACUAAAACAUGAACUUUUCCAGAAUUAUUAAGAGCCUGUAAGUGAAAGAGGGCUGAAUAUAAAGAUUCCAACAUUACUGAUGAGAUGUGGCUGUUUAACCUGAAAUUAAAUUUCAGACACUGAACAUUAAAUCAGAUUAAAAAUGUAUGUUGAGACCGAUGAUGUGCCAAGAAGUUCUUUAUUUUAAAUGUUUUCAGACUAUUUACUUUAACAAAUUUCACAAAUACCACAGUGUAUUUUUUGUGUUCCUAUUUAAGCUAAUUUUAGCAACAUGUUCAUUCCCACAGAUGUCUCUAAAUGACUUCACUGGUUGUAUUAAAAUUUCUGUUUAGUAGAGAAUUAAUAAACAGAUCUUACAGUUCAGUC